GGCUUCAACUUUACAUCAUACGUUUUCCAUUGGCACAGAUGUGAAGUUGCCAUACACACCUUUGGGAGAAGAGAAAUUAAAUUCUUUGCGGGCAAAAUUCCAUGGCCUUCAGAUUUUAAUUAUAGAUGAGAUCUCAAUGGUAGAUCAUAAACUGUUGGCAUACAUUCAUGGAAGAUUGCGUCAAAUUAAACAAACUGGAGACUUCUCUCCUUUUGGUAAUGUUUGUGUUAUAGCAGUUGGGGAUUUUUUCCAAUUGCCACCUGUUAAGGGUAAACCAUUAUAUACAGAAUUACCAGGACUUGGACUGUGGUCUAAUUGUUUUAAUGUAGUAGAGUUAACACAGGUAGUAAGGCAAAAAGACAGCACAUUUGCUGAAUUAUUAAACCGUUUAAGGAAACGAAGUAAAAAGUCUCCACUGAGCAAAGAAGAUUUGGAGAUGUUAAAAAAAUGUGACACAGGUGAGGAUGAUAAUGCUCCUUUACACAUUUUUUCUACAAAUGAUGAAGUACAUGAGCACAACCUAAAGCAGUUAAUUAAUAUCUGCUCAGAGGUUGAAACCAUAGAGGCAGAAGAUUUUGCCCGUAGUAAGAAGACUGGCAAAGUAGAGUUAAUUGCUGGUCAUCAUAUAAAGGUAUACAAUACGUGCUUACCAGCAAAGUUGCUUUUAGGCAUAAAUGCACGUGUCAUGCUGAUAAAAAAUAUUGAUGUACAUGAUGGCUUAGUUAAUGGCGUUUGUGGCACAGUAACACAUAUUGUGCGUGCUGAUAAAAAUAAGUUACCCAAAACUGUGUACAUCAAUUUUGAUGAUAGUCAUGUGGGGUUUAAAAGACGUAAACAAUGUUUGGCUGAGCCAGCAAAAUUGUUUAACUCAACUCCUAUACAUGUAGAAGAGGAAAAUGCAUGUAGGAACGGUGGUUUUCGCAGACAGUUUCCUUUGAAAUUGGCUUGGGCAUGCACAGUCCAUAAAGUACAGGGUUUAACAGUUGAUUGUGCCGUUGUUAGUUUAAAAAAAGUUUUUGUCGCUGGCCAGGCUUAUGUUGCACUGAGUCGAGUAAGAAGUUUGUCUGGCUUGACUAUUAAAGACUUUAAUGAAAAAAGUAUUUAUUGUAAUGAGAAAGUUUUUGAAGCUGUACAAGAAAUGCCAUGUUUUAUGGUACAUGAUGAGUUAUAUUUGACAGCACAGCACAGCUCUUUUUCACUGUUUUUGUUGAAUGUACAGAGUUUGCGCUGUCAUAAACAAGAUCUGAAUGUUUGUGUUCAACAGUUAAAACCGGCAUGUAUUGCUUUAACUGAAACAUGGCUUCCUGAGUCCUAUCUGUCUGAAAAUGUGCACUUAGAAAACUACUCAUUUGAGGGUCUUUCUCGUUGUGCAGCAUAUACAAGCAAUUGUCCCCUUUUCAAGGAUCUGAAAGCACAACAACAUGGUGGAGUUGGGUUAUAUAUAGCAUAUGGUGUAGCAAAUACUACUGUAACAUUUCCAAAUCUUAAUUUGGAAUGCAUGUUAACACACUUCACUGAAAAGGACAUAUUGGUUGGUGUUAUUUACAGACCUCCAACAUACCCAUUGUCUGUUUUUAAACAAAACGUAGACAAGUUGAUUAAUUUGGUAUCAACAAUUUGCAAUAAAGUUGUGCUUGUUGGUGAUUUUAAUAAUGAUGCAUUAAAGUCCCAAUCCUUCUGCACUUUCAUGGCAGACAAGGGAUAUAUUCAACAUGUUAAACAACCAACAACUGAAAAAGGAACCUUAAUUGACCAUGUGUAUGUAAAAAACAUUGAAAACUUUUCAGUUAAAACAAAUGUUGUGCCUGUUUACUUUAGCACACAUGAAGGUGUUUUUUGUUCCUUUGAAGACAUGCACAUUUAAAUUUAUUGGAAAACUUAUGAGUUAAAUGACCAUUUAAACCUGGUCUUUUAAUCUAAUUACUUGUUGAUUAAGUCGUGAUUUGACUAAAUACAGUUCUGGUUAUUGACGAAAGAAACAAAUUCUAUG